AUGGAGAACUGCGCGGCUCUUUCGCGCGCGCGGGAGGCCGCGGAGAUGCGCGGACCCGCGGGGGAGAUGCCUGCUUGGGCGCGGCCGUCCAACUGCUCUGAUUGGUCGCCGGAUCCGCCCUGGAUUCGUGGCACGGAUGCGGCCAAUCUCGCGAUGACACGUGUCGUGCAGACAGACCUUUGGGGGCACCAGUUCCCGCCGCCCGGCUCCUGCUCCUCCGAGAGGGAAGGCGCGAGGAAGCUUCUGGUGGUGGCGUGGCCGCCCGUGCAGGGCUUUGGUAUUGGCGCGCAGAUGCACAUCAUGUCUGCCGCUCUCAGCCUCGCUGUGGCCUAUGAUCGUGUUCUCACUGUGCUGCCUGGGAGCUUUGAACACGCUGCACAUGCGGCUUGCAGAGGUGGGUGGGUGGGUGGGUGGGUGGUUGGAUGCAAAUGCAAAGCAUACAUGGGCUUUGGCAUUGUAGCGCAGAUGCACAUCAUUUCUGCUGCCUUGAGUUUUGCCGUGGCCUACGACAGAGUGGUUACCGUGCUGCCGGAGAGUUUCGAGCAUGCUGCACAUGCUGCUUGCCGAGCAUUUGACAAGAUGCGCAUCAUGUCUGCCGCCCUCAGCCUUGCCGCGGCAUAUGACCGUCCGAGUGCUCACUGUCUUACCCGGGAGCUUUGGGCAUGCUGCUCAUGCGGCUUGCAGAGUCACGGGCCACCCCUCCUCGCUCUCCUGCUACUUCCUCCCAAUCUCCUCUCUCGAAUGCGAGCGGGCAGGCGCAGCAGCCAUGGUGGAGAGGCGAGCACAGUACCUCACUCACGCCCCUUUGCCCCCCGAUCACCCACCCCUCCCCACUCACCCAACUCUUCUUUUUUCCCAGACACGGGUCACCCCUCCUCGCUCUCCUGCUACUUCCUCCCCAUUUCCUCUCUCGAGUGCGAGCGGGCGGGUGCAGCAGCCGUGGCUGAGAAGAGAGCACGGUACGCACCGCGCGACUACCAGGAGAUGAAGGUUGCCCUAGCCUCGGACGAGCCUGCUUUUUACAUAGCCGCCAACUUCCCCUGGUCACUGCGCUUCAAGUUCCAGGCUGAUGCUGCCAGUCUCUGGAGUUCUCCCUGGUACGACCGGCCAAUCACAGUGCACCACGUGGGAGGCGCUCCUGCCAUGUCAGAGGAGCUGCUCAAGGUAACAGACCAAUCAAAUAACACCGCAAGUCUCAGUGUUCCUGCCUGCUUCUGCCACCGUGUGCCUGCUUCUGCCACCGUGUGCCUGCUUCUGCCACCGUGUGCCUGCUUCUGCCACCGUGUGCCUGCUUCUGCCACCGUGUGCCUGCUUCUGCCACCGUGUACCUGCUUCUGCCACCGUGUGCCUGCUUCUGCCACCGUGUGCCUGCUUCUGCCACCGUGUGCCUACUUCUGCCACCGUGUGCCUGCUUCUGCCACCGUGUGCCUGCUUCUGCCACCGUGUGCCUGCUUCUGCCACCGUGUGCCUACUUCUGCCACCGUGUGCCUGCUUCUGCCACCGUGUGCCUACUUCUGCCACCGUGUGCCUGCUUCUGCCACCGUGUGCCUGCUUCUGCCACCGUGUGCCUACUUCUGCCACCGUGUGCCUGCUUCUGCCACCGUGUGCCUACUUCUGCCACCGUGUGCCUACUUCUGCCACCGUGUGCCUGCUUCUGCCACCGUGUGCCUGCUUCUGCCACCGUGUGCCUGCUUCUGCCACCGUGUGCCUGCUUCUGCCACCGUGUGCCUGCUUCUGCCACCGUGUGCCUGCUUCUGCCACCGUGUGCCUACUUCUGCCACCGUGUGCCUGCUUCUGCCACCGUGUACCUGCUUCUGCCACCGUGUACCUGCUUCUGCCACCGUGUGCCUGCUUCUGCCACCGUGUGCCUGCUUCUGCCACCGUGUGCCUGCUUCUGCCACCGUGUGCCUGCUUCUGCCACCGUGUGCCUGCUUCUGCCACCGUGUGCCUGCUUCUGCCACCGUGUGCCUGCUUCUGCCACCGUGUGCCUGCUUCUGCCACCGUGUGCCUGCUUCUGCCACCGUGUGCCUGCUUCUGCCACCGUGUGCCUGCUUCUGCCACCGUGUGCCUACUUCUGCCACCGUGUGCCUACUUCUGCCACCGUGUGCCUGCUUCUGCCACCGUGUGCCUGCUUCUGCCACCGUGUGCCUGCUUCUGCCACCGUGUGCCUGCUUCUGCCACCGUGUGCCUGCUUCUGCCACCGUGUGCCUGCUUCUGCCACCGUGUGCCUGCUUCUGCCACCGUGUGCCUGCUUCUGCCACCGUGUGCCUGCUUCUGCCACCGUGUGCCUGCUUCUGCCACCGUGUGCCUGCUUCUGCCACCGUGUGCCUGCUUCUGCCACCGUGUGCCUGCUUCUGCCACCGUGUGCCUGCUUCUGCCACCGUGUGCCUGCUUCUGCCACCGUGUGCCUGCUUCUGCCACCGUGUGCCUGCUUCUGCCACCGUGUGCCUACUUCUGCCACCGUGUGCCUGCUUCUGCCACCGUGUGCCUGCUUCUGCCACCGUGUGCCUGCUUCUGCCACCGUGUGCCUGCUUCUGCCACCGUGUGCCUGCUUCUGCCACCGUGUGCCUGCUUCUGCCACCGUGUGCCUGCUUCUGCCACCGUGUGCCUGCUUCUGCCACCGUGUGCCUGCUUCUGCCACCGUGUGCCUGCUUCUGCCACCGUGUGCCUGCUUCUGCCACCGUGUGCCUGCUUCUGCCACCGUGUGCCUACUUCUGCCACCGUGUGCCUGCUUCUGCCACCGUGUGCCUGCUUCUGCCACCGUGUGCCUGCUUCUGCCACCGUGUGCCUGCUUCUGCCACCGUGUGCCUGCUUCUGCCACCGUGUGCCUGCUUCUGCCACCGUGUGCCUGCUUCUGCCACCGUGUGCCUGCUUCUGCCACCGUGUGCCUGCUUCUGCCACCGUGUGCCUGCUUCUGCCACCGUGUGCCUGCUUCUGCCACCGUGUGCCUGCUUCUGCCACCGUGUGCCUGCUUCUGCCACCGUGUGCCUGCUUCUGCCACCGUGUGCCUGCUUCUGCCACCGUGUGCCUGCUUCUGCCACCGUGUGCCUGCUUCUGCCACCGUGUGCCUGCUUCUGCCACCGUGUGCCUGCUUCUGCCACCGUGUGCCUGCUUCUGCCACCGUGUGCCUGCUUCUGCCACCGUGUGCCUGCUUCUGCCACCGUGUGCCUGCUUCUGCCACCGUGUGCCUGCUUCUGCCACCGUGUGCCUGCUUCUGCCACCGUGUGCCUGCUUCUGCCACCGUGUGCCUGCUUCUGCCACCGUGUGCCUGCUUCUGCCACCGUGUGUCUGCUUCUGCCACCGUGUGCCUGCUUCUGCCACCGUGUGUCUGCUUCUGCCACCGUGUGCCUGCUCAAGAAGGCAGGCCCGCAGCAGCAGCGGUGCAAAAGGGACUAUAAAGCCGCCUCGAUUCUUAAGACCUCAAUCUGGCCACUCGACCCAGCAGCAGCAGCUAGCGGUCGCCUCUACACCCCUGCUUGCACAACCCUAGCACGGAGGGGUGAUGCUGCGGAGGAGGCAGGGGAGGGGGAGGCGGGGCAAGGGGAAGGGCGGCAAGGGGAGGCGGGGCAAGGGGAAGGGCGGCAAGGGGAGGCGGGGGAACGUGGGACCGGGCAGGGGGAGGUGGUAUCCUGGGCGGGGUUAUCUGAGGAGCCGUACCUGCCGCGGCCGAUAGUGAGUGUGCAUGUGCGGCAAGGCGACAAGGCGGGGGAGAUGCGGCUGCUGCCGCUGCGGGCGUUUGUGGCAGCGGCACAGCACAUGAGGAGAAAUGCUCCGAAUCUGAACCACAUCUGGCUCAGCACAGAGAUGCAGAGUGUGGUUGAAGAAGCAAAGGAGCAGCACCGGGAUUGGACGUUUCUGUUCACGCAGAACCCAAGGCAGGAGGGGACAAUGACCAUGCACGAAUACGAGGCUGCUGUGGGUGCAGAUGUGCUGGUGGGACUCAGCUUUGUCAACCUCAUUAUAGCGUCGCAAUGCGACUAUUUUGUUGGUACACUUGGGUCGAAUUGGAAUCGGCUUAUAGAUGAACUUAGGUGUACUAAUGGACGAUUGUUUAGUGGGUACUUGGCGUUAAACCACGGUCAGUGGAGAUGA